ACACAAGACAAAACAAAAUAAAAAAUGGCAGCACUUUUAUAUUGACGUCCUGAAAUUUGACUGCCAAUUAAAAAUAUUGACAUUUUUGACACAUUAAUCUUAUUUCUACAGUUGAUAAAGCCGACGAAUGAACUAGAAUAAGGAUUUUUUUUUUGUUUUAAAAUUAAAGUACCUAUACUCAAUUAUAAUAAUAAUAAAAAAAAAUAAUAUAUUUGAAAAUAUUUAAGAGUUAAACGAAUUAAUGAGUACCUUAUGUAGGCAUUUGGAUUAUUCAAGAACAUAAAUAAUUGUUAAUUGAACACAGGGCAAAACGUAAAUAUUUGGAAGAGCUGCUUUUAAUGAUGUUAACUAAUAGCGCUAAUACUGUUGGAACAACAAAAAAUCAAAAGCAAACACAACAAUUAAGUCCUUUUGUAUAUUGGGCUCAAACAGAAGAUUUAAUAACACUUAAAGUUGAUCUAAAAGAAGUUGAACAUGUUGAUGUUACCAUGGAAAAUGAUAUUUUACAUUUUGAAGCAAAUGGUUUAGGUGCAAGAGGAGUUAAUGAUUAUGAAUUUAAUUUACAUUUCUUCUCGGAUAUAGAACCAAAUGAUUCAACAUAUAAUGUGCAUGAUACAAGAGUUACAUUUAAUAUUAAAAAAAAAGUGAAUUGCUGGUGGCCUCGUUUAAUAUGCCAGCCAUUAAAGCCACAUUGGUUAAGAAUUGAUUUUGAUAAAUGGAAAACAGAAGAUGAUAUUGAUUUAGAAGAACCAAUUCGUAAUAUAAUGCAAGAUUAUCCUAAUACAUAUAAAGAAUUACAGAGGCAGGAAUUUGGUUAUAUUAAAGAAAAAGGUAAGAUGGUCUAUCUAUUAUUUUAUAAUUUUGGAAUGUUUAUUGGAUAUUUGUACAUUUUCUCUGUAAUGAGUAUAUUAUAUUAUCGUGAUGGAAUUAAUUGUAUGCCAAAUAUAUAUGAAAAUGUUGGAAAUGCAUAUAAAUUUGUACAAUUAAUGCAAUAUUUAGAAGUAUUGCAUCCAAUAUUUAAUUAUACAAAAGGUAGCGCUCUAAUACCAUUUUUACAAGUAACUGGUAGAAAUUUUAUAUUAUUUAUAAUGAUUGAUAAUGAAAUACGUAUGCAAACAAAACCAGUUGUAUUUUAUUUAUUUAUAAUAUGGACAUUAAUUGAAUUAUUUCGUUAUCCAUAUUAUAUAACACAAUUAUUAAAUAUAAAUAUAUAUAUAUUAAAAUAUUUACGGUAUACAUUAUGGAUACCAUUAUAUCCAUUGGGUAUUGUAUGUGAAGGUGUUAUCAUAUUACGUAAUGUACCAUAUUUUGAAGAGACACAAAAAUUUUGUGUAAAUUUACCAAAUAAAUUUAAUUUUACAUUUGAUAUGCCAUUAUUUUUAAAAAUUUAUUUAUUAAUAUUGGCAUUACCUGGAACAUAUUUUUUGAUAUCACAUAUGACAAAGGCAAGAGAAAAAAAAUUAAAAACAAAAAAGAAGUUUUUUUUGUAAAAUAAUGGAUUUAAGAUUGUGAGAUCCUUCUUUGAUCCUUUUUUAAUUUGUUUUUUUUUUUCUUUUUUAAUUUGUUUUGUUAUAUUGAUGAAAUUUUUGUUUUGUGUUUUUUUUUCUUUUAAUUUUUGAUAUAUAAAAAUUUUUUGAAUUCAAAAUUUGGUGAAGUAAUCAAUUACUAUAAAUAGUAAUGGUUUAUUUUAUUUUUUUUUUUAGUCCUUAAAUCUUUUAAAUUUGAUUUUUAUCAGUUUUAAUUUAAACAUUAUUAUCUUUUAUAUUCUGAGAUAUUGUAAAUGGUACAUUGUUUAUUUUGAUUACCUCAUUAACAUUGUAAGGCAUAUAAAAAAAAUUUCCAGAUAAGAGUAACUAUCGUUAGUUAAAUAAUAAGAAAAAAAUUCCAAUUAAAGUUGCCUUGUUAAACUUUUUAAAUAAUUAAUUUAGAGAUAAUUUCGUAUAACUUAUUGUUAUUUGAAUUUAAUUAAAUGAUUAUUGUAUUUCAUAUAAUUUUUAAGCUUAAAAUUGAAAAAAAAAAAUUAAUUUGAACAAUUUUAAAAUAUAAAAGGAACUUGCAGAGUAACUAUAAAGUAAAUAAUAAGCAAUAUAUGUAUAAAAAGAAAGUUAUUAUAUCUUAAAUAAUAUCCAAGAAGCAAUAAUUUAAAAUUUUUCUUAUUUUGUAACAUUAUUGGUAUAAUACAUGUAUUCAUAUUGUAUAUUAUAUUCUUAAUAUUAUUUUGUAAUAGUAUUGUAUUGUUUUAAUAUAGAAUUGCUAAAAAUAAGUUAAAAAAAAAUUGUAACACAUGAAAAUUAUUCAAAUUAAUUGUUAAAAAUUAAGUCAUUAAGAGGGAAGGGACUAAGGGAGUUCAAAU